GAGACAUUCUGACCAAAAAUACGGGUACGACAAACGGCAUAUUCUAUUUUUUACUAAGGACGGUCAUUCAAGUAGUGUCAGUUUCUUAUAUGGGUUUAAAUUGAUAGACUGUGUGUGUCCUCAAAUUUUUCAUAAAUAUUCACUAUCAGUUUUUAGUGUUUUCCUUUCAAUAAGCUGCGAAUUAUCUUGGUCGAUAACUAUGAUACCUGGGGCGGAUAAUACGGAAAUGGAUGGCGUUGGCUUCUCGUUGGCGAUAGGCGCCUUGAAGGCAUUAGCUUUCGUCUACGACGUCCUCACCUUCCCCGUAUAUAUCAUCCUCCAGAGGCCAUGGCGAUUACGCCAACUUUCCAGGAGAUUAAAGGGCGUUAUCGUGGACAUCGAAAAGGAACCGUCUAAAGACUUUGUUAUUGACAUGAAGGAAACUAGUGAUAUUUCUAAAAGUGUUUCUCAAAAACCAUCUAAAAAGUAUAAGGCCAAACAAAUAGAUGAAGAUACAAAAUCUGUAACAUAUCGGUCAACUGUAAAACCUAAAGAUCAUCAUGUAACCAUUAUUCGUGAGAAGAUAGACACUAUGGCAAAGAUGUUUGAGUAUUGUAGUAAAACGUAUUCGAAUAGACGGUGUUUGGGUACCAGGGAAAUAUUAGCUGAAGAAGACGAGUUACAACCUAACGGUAGAGUUUUUAAAAAGUUUGUAAUGGGUGAUUACCGUUGGAAAAGUUUUUCCGAAGUAAAUAUUUUAGCCACAAAUUUCGGAAAAGGACUUUGCGAAUUGGGUAACGAGCCAGGUAAAAACGUCGCUAUAUUUGCCGAAACUAGAGCGGAAUGGAUGAUAGCAGCCCAUGGUAUCUUUAAACAGAAGAUACCUUUGGUUACCAUUUAUGCUACACUUGGAGAUGAAGCAAUUGCACAUGCUAUUAACGAAACUGAAGUUAAUACUAUCAUUACCAGUUUCGAUUUGUUGCCCAAAUUCAAAAAGAUUUUGCAUAUGACUCCUCGAGUCCAGACUUUGAUUUACAUGGAAGAUCAAUUGAAAAAUCUAGAAACCGCCGAAGGGUAUAAGGACGGUGUAGCUAUUUUGAAAUUCCAAGAUGUCCUUGAGAAAGGAUCUGCGUCAAAUAUUCAGCUUGUACCACCUAAACCAGACGAUAUUGCUAUUAUCAUGUAUACAAGCGGAUCUACGGGUGUUCCUAAAGGUGUUGUUCUACUACAAAAAAAUUUAAUUGCUACUUUGAAAGGAUUUUGUGAUUCCACACCAAUUUACGAUAAUGAUGUCAUGAUGGGAUUCUUACCGCUUGCCCACGUUUUCGAAUUAUUAGUAGAAAGCGUCUGCCAAUUCGCUGGUGUUCCAAUUGGUUAUUCCGGAGCAUUAACAAUGACCGAUUCGUCCAGUAAAAUUAAGAAGGGAACCAAAGGAGACGCUACUGUAUUACGACCAACAGUCAUAACUUGUGUACCACUAAUUCUGGACAGGAUAUCUAAGACUAUUCAAGAAAAACUUAGUAACAGUAGCAACUUGAAGAAAAUAAUAUUCAAAUUUGCCUAUGAAUAUAAAACUACUUGGAAAAAACGUGGAUACAAAACUCCAUUAAUUGACAAAAUUGUUUUUAAACCAAUUUCGAAAAUAGUUGGUGGCAAUAUGAGGUUGAUGAUUUCUGGUGGUGCUCCAUUAUCAGCUGAAACACACGAACAAAUUGGUACUUGUAUGUGCGUUGUUAUAAUUCAAGGUUAUGGACUUACUGAAACUACUUCAUGUGCCUGUGUGCAGGAUUUGUAUGACAUGUCUUUCGGAAGAGUUGGUGCUACAUGUACUGUUUGUGAUAUUAAAUUGAUAAACUGGGAAGAAGGUAAUUACCGAGUGACGGACAAACCUUUUCCUCGUGGGGAAAUAGUCAUAGGAGGUGAAAAUAUUAGUGCAGGUUAUUACAAAUUACCGGAAAAAUCAAAAGAAGACUUUUUCGAACAAGAUGGCACAAGGUGGUUUAGGACAGGUGACAUUGGCGAAAUUCAUGAAGAUGGCGUACUUAAAAUAAUUGAUCGUAAAAAGGAUUUGGUAAAAUUACAAGCAGGAGAAUACGUAUCACUUGGUAAAGUAGAAGCAGAAAUGAAAACAUGUCCAUUAGUAGAUAAUAUUUGUGUUUAUGGAGAAUCAAGCAAAGAUUACUGCGUCGCUCUGGUCGUGCCCAAUCAACACCAAUUAAAAGAUCUUGCUGCUAAAAAGGGUAUCUCAGAAAAAUCAUUCGAAGAAUUAUGCAAAGAUGAAACUUUAGAAAGGGCUGUUGUCCAAGAACUAGCAGAACAUGGAAAGAGAAAUAAACUUGCAAAAUUCGAAAUUCCCGCUGCAGUUAAAUUAGUAACAGAAGUUUGGUCGCCAGAUAUGGGUCUUGUAACUGCCGCAUUCAAAUUGAAGAGGAAAGACAUCCAAGAACGAUAUAAACAUGAAAUAAAUAGAAUGUACGCCUCCUGAAAGUUAUAUUAUUUUUAAAUGGAUUGUUGAGUAUGUAUAGUAGUAAUACAACAGAGAAUUGUGUAUAUGAGUAUUAACUAAUCAUUGAAAGAUUUGUAUUAGGCCCAACUUGAUUCUACUGGCAGUUUUUUUAAUAACAGAUUUAGCAUAUGGCACAAUUGUGUAUAAAGUAUUUUGUAUUUUUUUUCUUGUAUAUAUUGAAUUAAACCUAUCGUGUAAGAUUUUAUGUAAUAUUUUAUUUAUAUAUUCGCUUUUUUCGUAUAUUCUGUUUUCUGUAUAUAAGAAUAAAUCUAUUUUAUAUUAUUAAGAGUGUUUAUGCCGAGAAUUUUAUGAUAUUUCUAAUGGUUGCUAUCUAUAGAGACAAUACAUUUUUAUAAAUUAGUUUAAUUGGCGUUUAUUAUAAACAGGAUAUCCUUUAUUUGUCAUCAUCGUUUGAUAAUAAGUUUGUAAGGAUUUCAAAUUAGUCCUUGAUUAUAUAAUUAGAUAAACGGAUUCAUGAUUUCACUAUUACUGAUUUUGCUGAAAAUCUAAUUUUUCAAUUAUUUUAGAAGCUAAAACCGAUUUUGCCGCUGUAGAAGAUAAUAUUUGAAGGAAUUGUAGUGAAAUAGUUAUGUUAGAAUGCCUGUCUUAUUUGUUUAUAAGACACACAGAAAUAAUAUGUGUUAUUACAGCUAUAAGUAUAAUUUUUUUAAUCUUAGGCAGAAAUACUCUUAAGUUAGCAUCACCGUGGUUGGAGAAGGGUAGAAGGGAGUAUUUUGUUAAUACUUGUACGUUGUUGCUUAAUUCUUAGUUUAAUCAAAAAUAAAUUGUUCAAUAUUGGAUUGCGUGGUUAAGACUCGAAACUUUCUACCUUGAAGAUGAGUUAUAUCAAUCAUACCCCAAAUUCAGUUUGUCAGAAACUACAAAUUAAUAAAUCUGUCUAAACUAUUAUGAACAAUUAAAUAGUGCUUAAUAGCGUUAAAUAAAAUAUAAACUUAGUAGACAGUUUAUAGGUAGAUAUAAAAAAUUAAAAUAUUUUUUUAUACACAACAAUUUUCUACAAUAACUCUGCGUAUUAUCGUAGCUCUCAAUUUCAGCCCAUAUUUCUACAAAACGCUUUGUUUCUUGCUCUUAAAAAUACAUCUUCUAGAAAUUAAAAAAUGUAAAUAUUUGUAAUAGAAUCCAUAAAAAUGGAGAAGAAGAAAUGCAUACUAAUAUUGGACAAUGAAAGAUUUGAAUAUUUUCGAUAUUCACAGUCAAAAAGCAUCAAUUAUAACUACACUUUCAAAUAGAAACUAAAAUAUUGUGCUGGUUGGUAUCAAACACCAUGAAUUCGGUAUUCUUGGAAUAUUAGAACCGGCAUCAUUACCCCAGUGACUUCCAAAUAAUCCCUUUAUCGUGGUGGAUUAGCUUACUUUGUUCUGGUGAUUUUGUUAUUGUAGAAACUUUUGUCAAUUAUUUUCUAUUGAGUUUUUUAUUUUCAUAUUUAUGAGGAAUUUCCAGUGCUUUUUCCAUGGUUCUGUAGCUGAUACUACAGAAGUGUUCGGGUCCCAUGAAGGGCUUGUCUGCCCCCGCUUUAGCGAGCUUAUCAGCUAUUUUGUUUAAAUUUUAUGGUAUUGGAGUUCUAAUGCACUGUUUGUGAUAUCACGUAAGGUCUAUUUUUUAACUUUUUCACUGCUUCAUGGGGAGAACCGACUGGGUACUGUGAGCUGCCCUCUCCCACCUAAACUUACUUCAUAUGAUAAGUAUCUUUCCAUCUCGGUAUUUCGGCGGAAUUCUUGAUGCGUUUAAUAUGAACAAUUAAAUUGGGCUUAAAUUCAAUUCAAAAAUAUAAUGAAUCAAUUUGAUUAUAAACGUUCAUAACAGAAAAUGUUAUUUUGUAACUGAAGUGAUUUGCAACUUGUGAGGAUUUCUAAAACUUUUAAAGGGUUGUCCAUUAGAAUGCGUUUAUGAGCUUAUUUUAUUUAAAUGUUAGAUCUUUCACCCGACUUUAGGGGUGGUCCGCAAUGUGACCGUUGCACGCCGGGAAAGCUUUACCUGCUCGACUAUAGGAGAGCGUCGCAGUGAAAAGGUUAAAUUGUAUUCAGGGCUUUUAGUGAGGUUCCUAAAAAUGCCUUUUUUAUUUUAGGCCCAUAUAUGUUCCUUUUUUAGCUUAGCAAGUCCUUAUUUUAAAAAAUUUGUAUCAACGAUGAUUUAUCUAUUUAAUUAUCGUUCUCAGAAACUUUUUUUUUCAUUUGUUUAUGGAUGGUUGCCAGAUGAAAUUAAACAGAAGUUGUAUGAUUAAAAGUGAAAAUGAUCACAUUUAGCUACUUUUUUCCUGAAAAAACUCCGUGGUUACAAUCGUAAUUUACUCAUAGUUACAUUAGCCAUUACAAAUAUGUGCGUUAGUACACUUCUUACUUACACAGAUCCUUUUUUUAUUAAUCAAAAUGUUCACUCUAUAGCUGCCAUUUACAGCAACAUGUUAAUUAUCUAUGAGAUGUUAUUCUGUUAAAUGAACUUUGAGUAAAAUGAUAGGUCCUCAAAACUCCCUUUUUUCAUGUGUCCCUUUUUUUUAAAAAAAAAGUUGUAUGCUAAAAGCCCCAUAUAUAUUGUUAAUUAUAUAGGUCAAUACGUUGAUUUUAACUAUUAUUUUAUUUAUCUAGGAAACGAUACAACGUCAAAAGUAGCAAAAUAUUCUUAUUUCGUUUGUAGUUGGAAGGUUUUUCGCAACUAAUAUUGUUUUGUUAUAUUUAGUAGCAAUAUUAUGAGAUUGUUUCACAUAAUUUAUUAUUUUUUUUUGUUGUAAUAUAAUAUGUUAAGUUUCUAGUAAAGACUGUUCGCGAGCCGAUAUCUAGUUAAAUUGUCAAUUUAAAGUAAUUGGUCUAAACGUUUAUUUUAAUAAAGGCAUGUACUUAAUGAAAUUAUUCUACAAAAUUGAUGAAUAUUGACAAAAAAGAAAUCAUUUUAUUUAAUUUUUUUCAAUCAAAUUUUUAGCUAAAACGUCUAAUAUCCAAUCAAUAUGAGUUACAACUUGUAAAAACAAAUUAUAUAAAGUCUAAGGUUUACAAUAUUACAAAUAUUUUUGCAGGCACUUAAAAGGAAGAAAGAUUUUUGUUUUCGGUUUCUAAUUAUUAUUGAAAUUGAAUGAUUUUGGAUUUGUUAAUAUUUUACGUGAAAAUUUGAAAUAUACCUUUAUUAAGGUGAAUUAUUAUUUAUGUAUUUGUAUAUAUUAGAUAGGAUAUUGUUAUAAAUUGAAUGGUUGUUAGCAAUUUUAGUUAUCUUAAUUACAAGACUACACAACAGCCGAACUGGAUCAUACUAAAACAUAUUUUUGAACACAUCGUGAAAUAAAAGUAUUAUUAAAAUA